AUGAUGAACACAGUUGUACCUGAAGUAUUGAAACAAGGGGCUCAAGAGGACAAGGGGGAAAUUGCAAGAUUGCAAGGAUUUGUUGGAGCUAUAGCUGUUGGUGAUUUAGUAAAAAGUACUUUAGGACCUCGAGGAUUAGAUAAAAUAUUAACUCCUUUAAAUAUAGAAGGAUCAAGAAAUCAUCAACAUACUGUAACAAAUGAUGGAGCUACUAUUUUAAAAUCAGUAUGGCUAGAUAAUCCAGUAUCUAAAAUAUUAGUAGAUGUAAGUAUGCAACAAGAUAAUAAAUGUGGUGAUGGUACUACAGGUGUUGUUGUUUUAGCAGCUGAGAUGUUAAGAAAUGCUGAAAUCUUAGUUGAAAAUAAAAUUCACCCUCAAAUAAUUUGUGAUGGUUUUCGUAUGGCUUUAGAAACAGCUAGAGAAGCAUUAAAAGAAUCAUGUUUUCAUCAUGAUAUAAAUUCAGAUGUAUUUAGAGAAGAUUUAUUAAAAAUAGCUAGAACCACUUUAUCAUCAAAAUUAUUAACACAUGAAAAAAAUCAUUUUGCUGAAUUAGCUGUUAAUGCAAUUAUGAGAAUAAAAGAUAAUUUAAAUUUAGAUUUAAUACAUAUAAUAAAAAAAAGUGGAGGUACAAUUAAAGAAUCUUAUUUAGAAGAUGGUUUUAUUUUGGAAAAAAAAAUCGGAAUAAAUCAACCUAAAACUUUAACUAAUUGUAAUGUAAUGAUUGCUAAUACACCUAUGGAUACAGAUAAAGUAAAAAUAUAUGGAACUAAAGUAAAUGUACAUAGUUUUGAAGAUAUACAGGAUUUAGAAAAUGAAGAAAAAAUGAAAAUGAAAAAAAAAGUAGAAAGUAUUAUAUCACAUGGAUGUAAUGUAUUUAUAAAUAGACAAUUAAUUUAUAAUUAUCCUGAACAAAUAUUUAGAGAACAUAAUGUUAUGACUAUAGAACAUAGUGAUUUUGAUGGUAUGGAAAGAUUAGCUAAUUGUUUAGGAGCUGAAAUAGCAUCUACUUUUGAAGAAGGAUUAAAUAUAAAAUUAGGACACUGUGAAAAAAUUGAAGAAAUUAUGAUUGGUGAAGAUAAAUUAAUACGUUUUUCAGGUUGUAAAAAAAAUGGUGCAUGUACUAUUAUACUUAGAGGUGCAUCUUCUCAUAUUCUAGAAGAAAGUGAAAGAUCAUUACAUGAUGCUUUAGCUGUUCUUUCAGAAACUUUAAAAGAUAACCGAAUUGUUUUAGGAGCUGGCUGUUCAGAAAUGUUAAUGAGUAAUGCUGUUGAUAAUUUAGCAAGAACAGUUGAAGGAAAAAGAAGUUUAGCAAUUGAAGCUUAUGCUAAAGCUUUAAGACAAAUACCAACAUAUAUAUUAGAUAAUGGUGGUUUUGAUAGUUCAGAAAUAGUUAGUAAAAUACGGGCUCAACAUACAAAAGGAAAUAAAUAUGCUGGUAUUGAUAUUAACAAUGGGGAUGUAGGUAAUAUUAUGGAAUUAGGAAUAUAUGAGUCAUACAAUUCGAAACUCUCACAAAUAACAUCAGCUACUGAAGCAGUAGAAAUGAUUUUGAGAGUUGACGACAUAAUAAAAUGUGCCCCCAGGCAAAGAAGUGGUGUAUAA